GCUUCACAGAAUGCCCAAGUCCAACUCCGCUGACGAUCACUCCCAUUUGAAGAUAAGAGAGGUACGCGGAGAAGAUGGCGUCGAGCAGUGUCUGUCCCGUAACAACGCACUUCAUUUCCACUCGAUGUACAAUGUUCUUCCAGACUGGGCUGUUUCUUUACAUUCUAAUUCUUUGGACUAGAAUUUGUUGCUGCAGUGCUGGUUGCCUUAACAAUAAUAAUCUUGGUGAUUUGUCGAACCUAUUGGAAAAAUUCAAUUAUGUUGGUCAGAGCUGCAAGGAUAUAAAGGAGAGAUAUGACGUUAAAACAGAUGGACUUUAUUACUUACAGUCUAAAACAGGAAUUAUUUAUGAAACCUACUGUGACAUGACUACAGACGGUGGAGGCUGGACUCUAGUUGCCAGUGUUCAUGAGAACAACCUACGAGGAAGGUGCACUGUUGGAGACCGUUGGACCAGUCAGCAAGGGAAUAUGGAUGUUGUUCCUGAAGGAGAUGGUAACUGGGUUAACAAAGUCACCUUUGGAAAUGCUGAGGGGGCAACGGGAGAUGACUUCAAGAACCCAGGAUAUUACGAUAUUCAGGCCCAGGAUAUGUCUGUGUGGCAUGUUCCCAACCAAGUUUUAAUGGAAAAUUGGAAAACUUCUGCCAUUGUGAGGUAUCACACAAACAGUAAAUUUUUCCCACUUUAUGGGGGAAAUCUUUAUGGACUCUUUCAGCGUUUUCCAUUGAAAUACAAAGGCGGUUUGUGCAAAAUUGACAACGGGCCGUCCAUUCCUAUUGUUUUUGAUGCGGGAGAUGCAAAAUACCUCAGAGAAAUGUAUGGGCCAAACACUUAUGGUAAGAAUUAG